AAUGGAUGAUGAGGACUGUGAAAGAAGAAGAAUGGAGUGUUUAGAUGAAAUGUCCAAUCUUGAAAAGCAAUUUACAGACCUUAAAGAUCAACUUUACAAAGAAAGAUUAAGCCAAGUGGAUGCAAAACUACAAGAGGUCAUAGCCGGAAAAGCACCUGAGUAUUUAGAACCAUUGGCAGCUUUACAAGAAAAUAUGCAAAUCCGAACCAAGGUGGCAGGUAUCUAUAGAGAACUUUGUCUGGAAUCUGUGAAGAACAAGUAUGAAUGUGAAAUUCAAGCCUCUCGACAGCACUGUGAGAGUGAAAAGCUUCUGUUGUAUGAUACUGUACAAAGUGAACUAGAAGAGAAAAUUAGAAGACUUGAAGAAGACAGGCAUAGCAUUGACAUUACCUCAGAAUUGUGGAAUGAUGAGCUACAGUCUAGGAAGAAAAGGAAGGAUCCGUUUAGUCCAGAUAAGAAGAAACCUGUUGUUGUAUCAGGCCCCUAUAUAGUUUAUAUGUUGCAAGACCUUGAUAUACUUGAAGAUUGGACAACGAUAAGGAAGGCAAUGGCUACACUGGGGCCACACAGGGUAAAGCCAGAACCACCUGUCAAAUUGGAAAAGCAUCUACAUAGUGCUAGAUCUGAAGAAGGAAGACUCUAUUAUGAUGGAGAGUGGUAUGGACGUGGACAGACGAUAUGCAUUGAUAAGAAAGAUGAAUGUCCUACAAGUGCCAUAAUUACAACAAUUAACCAUGAUGAAGUUUGGUUUAAAAGACCAGAUGGAAGCAAGUCCAAGCUGUAUAUUUCUCAGCUACAGAAAGGAAAAUACUCAAUAAAGCAUAACCACAACUGAAUGUUGCUAAGCAGAUACGAAACAAGUGGUAUUGCCAUGCUUGAUGUGCCAUGGGGUGAAAGUUGUAUUUAAUCGUGUUUUGUAUUCCUUAUAAAUUUACAGCAGUAUCUGAUGUGUAUUUGUAGUGCUGUAUGUAAACUUCAUGUGGGUGUCCUUCAGAAACCUGAGGAUGUUAAGUCACAUUAACAGGCAUGGUCCAGUGCCUAAGAGAUGGAAGUAUGCUCUUCAAGUAUAA